AUGGGAACAGCUUCGAGUAGUGCGCGCUCAUCUGUGGAAGUUGCGGAGGCUGGUGGAGGGGAAGCAGCUGUGAUUAGCCCUCCUGUCGCCCAACAACCUUCUCUAUAUGGUGGUGGAGACGAUGUCGAAAGUAGCAAUGGUAGUGCUGCUGCUGCUGCUGGAGACACGCUUAGGACAGGGCGGAUUGGCGGCGUCAGACCGACCCCACAGAGGAAAGGAGGACCAGUUCUUGACGUGUUGGACAUAUGGCUCAAUGCCCUGAAGAAUGCUGGCGCAAUCACUCAACUCCCUUAUAUGAAGGAGGCCGCAGGUGUCCUGUUGCAAGUUGUCAAUGCAAUACAGGCUGUUCGAGACAAUCAAGAUGCUUUCAUUCGUCUUGUAGAUCACGCUGGCUGUAUCAUUUUGUCGGCAACCAGAACUAUGCAGCCACCAAGGGAAAUCACAGACGAUAUGAAGUCUGCUUUGAAAAAGAUACACGACGUUGUCCUCAAGAUCAAGUCAUUGUCCGACAACAGAACUAACCGGACUAGGCUCAGACGUUUUCUCCACGCUGGAUCUGACAAAGUUGAGAUCGGAAAGCUGAGGGAGGAUUUGAAUGCUGCCGUACAAAUAUUCGGGGUGGACGCUGCUAUGAUACUCAACGCGGAUAUCAACAUGCUAACUGAAUACGUUCGUCAGUUAAUGAACGAGGCUAGAGGUUCUUGCGCUGGAGACUGUGCAGUGGCCGAUGGCCCCUCAUAUGGCCCUUCGUCCGUCAUACCUCCACCCUUACCAGAAGUCUCCGAUGUAAACAUUCAGGACGGGGUUUUCACCCAUAUCUCGGCUGGCGUAGAUGCCUCCAACGAAGGUGACGGCACGCAAAAUAUAUGGGCGCCUAACAUCUCUUCUGGGGUUGAUGGCAAUGUCCAUAUGAACUCUCCAGUGUCCCGGCCCCGCUCGAGGUCGAGGUCAAGAAGGUCUUCGCGCUCACCAAAUCCUCCAUUCACCCCCUCAACAGACGACCGACAACGAAACGUGAGGGUAUCCCCAUCUCCGCCUGUAGUUGUUCUUCCGGAGGAGGACGAUCAUAUGCGCGAACCUCUACGAGGCUCUCCGCCGCCGCCGCCUAGUCCACGUCGGAGUUCUCCAGCACUCCCUCGUGCAAACUCUCUGUCUACAUCGUUCUCCGGGGUCAAAAUCGACAACGGCGCGUUCAACUAUGUGAACUCACCAUGUAAGGCCGAGGGGUCGUCAAGGGUUGUGACCUUCUUGGAUGUCCGGAUACAUCGAGAUACAUUUGCGAAGGACGCUGGGCAAAGGCAGGGAAGCUUUUCUCUGCCUCUAUUUAGGGUGACACAUUCCAAAUGCACUACUGCGGUUAUAUUCGAGAGCGCGACGACCUCAAUUGAAUAUAACCAACAGCUCUCUCGACUAGACUACAAUGCCUCAUUCACACGAAAUUUGACCCCUGUUAAACGUUCUGAACAAACACAUCACGUGUAA